UAUCCGGCGACAGCGUAUAUAGUUGCUGGUACUCAAGCAGAUAAGCCAAAGAAUAAUGAGUUAAUGGUCAUGAAAUUGACGCAAUUACACAAGACACAUAAGAAAAAUGAGCAUCGAAGCAUCAAGCUUCGUGGUGGUGUAAAUCGUGUGAGAGUUACUCCACAACGCAAUCUCCAGUUUUGCGCUGCAUGGUUGGAAACCGGCAAAGUUCAAAUCUGGGAUUUGACUCCGCACAUAAAGUCUCUCGACUCUCCUGGUUACACAGCCCCCCGAGCAGCGCAAAAUCCCACACAUACGGUUGACUGUCACUCUACUGAAGGAUACGCUCUCGACUGGUCCCCGUUAUCGCCUGGGAAGCUUCUCUCGGGCGACAAUCAUACACACAUAUAUUUGACUACAAAGACGGAAUCUGGAUUUACGACCGAUCAGAUACCGUGUAUUGGUCAUGAAUCUAGUGUCGAGGAUAUACAAUGGUCUCCGAGUGAGAAGAGCGUGUUUUGUAGUGCGAGUGCUGACAAGACUGUAAAAAUAUGGGAUUUGCGAGGUCAAAGAAAACCAUCGCUAAGUGUGAAGGCACAUGAGACUGAUGUCAAUGUUAUUUCGUGGAACAAGAAAGUUGAAUACUUGUUAGCGUCUGGAUCUGAUGAUGGAGUAUCUACCACAGCUGCUCCCACCCCAGUAGCUUCAUUCAAAUGGCACAGUGCUCCAGUGACCUCUGUGGAAUGGCAUCCUACUGAAGAGUCUGUUAUAGCUGUAUCAGGAGCAGAUGAUCAGAUUUCAAUAUGGGAUUUAUCAGUUGAAGAGGACAAUGAAGAGAGUAGAAUUAUCCGAGAUGAGAGUGGAAGCAGAAUACCUAGUCAGCUUCUAUUUAUACAUCAAGGCCAAACUGACAUCAAAGAACUACAUUGGCAUCCCCAAUUUCCAGGGAUGCUAAUAUCGACAGCAGCAUCUGGAUUUCAUGUAUUCAAGACUGUCUCUGAAUAA